AUGCGAUCCUCUUCAACCAUCAAAUUUUAUUCCAUCUCUACCCACAUGGGAUACCUUUCUGAUUUUGCUGCUGGUACUCAACGCGAGGCUCUGAAUUUGAAAACGAGGAAGACUUGUAAUCAUAAACAUGGCGGUAUGGCGGUCAACUUUAGGGAAAACAGGGACGAGCCAGAAUUCGAAGCUUUAUCAGCCAAAAUAGACUCAAAUCUAAAGAAUAUAUUCAAACACCAGAAGUUCAAAAGUGCCUUGCAAGAGGAUGCAGUGAAGACGGUGGCUUCUGGAAAGCAAGAUGUAUUUGUGUCAAUGCCAACUGGUUCAGGGAAAUCAUUGUGCUAUCAGUUACCUGCCACUGUUAUUCCUGGAAUUGCCAUUGUCUUCUCACCUUUGAUUGCAUUGAUUCAAGACCAAGUAACUUAUUUAAAAUCAAAAGGACUCAAAGCUGAAACAAUCAAUUCAAAGCUUGACGUUGCUGAAAGAAAAAGGAUUUGGGAUGAAUUGAAUCUUCUGAAACCAAACAUAAAGUAUCUGUAUAUAACACCAGAAUUGGCAGCUACAGAAGGCUUCCAAAAGCAGCUGUUAUUGUUAGGCAAAAGAGGCUUGAUAUCUUUCUUUGUUGUGGAUGAAGCACAUUGUGUUUCCCAAUGGGGCCAUGACUUCAGGCCAGAUUAUUUAAAACUUGGAAGGUUGAGACAACAAUUCUCAAGCUAUAGAUGGGUAGCUUUAACUGCCACAGCAACAGCUCACGUUAAGGGUGAUGUGAUCAACUCUCUUGGACUCACUAAACCAGUUUCUGUAUUCAAGACAAGUUGCCAUCGUCGAAAUAUUUAUUAUGAUGUGAGGUUCAAAGAAACUUUAAAAGAUGCACAAUGUGAUUUAGUGACUUUUGCAAGGAACGCUCUUGAGAAAGUUCCAGGAGAUUCAGAAGACAAAAAGGAUGCACCAUGUGGCAUAGUCUAUUGCAGAACAAGAGAAAACUGCCACCUUAUUGCUGGCCUUUUAACUAGAAAUGGGAUACCUUCAAAAGCUUACCAUGCAGGGCUUUCUGGAACAGAGAGAGCUGCCGUUCAAAAUGAGUGGAUGGAAGGUAUCACGCCAGUUAUUGCAGCAACAAUAAGUUUUGGCAUGGGAGUCGACAAGGCAACCGUAAGAUUUGUAGCACAUUGGACAGUACCAAAGUCGAUCGAAGGGUACUACCAGGAAUCAGGUCGAGCUGGCAGAGACGGCGAAGCCUCAUUUUGCAGGUUGUACUACUCUAGGAAGGAAAAAAGAACGGUUUAUUUCCUUUUGCAGCAAGAGCUAUCACGCAAACAGUCAAAACGAUCGAACUUUGCAAAGACACCUGGAGAUGAAGCAUCAGAACAAAGUUUUGAAGCUCUUCUUAAAUAUUGUGAAGAAGUCCAUUGCCGACAUGCUAGUAUUGCGUCCUAUUUUGGCGAUGAUCGUCCAAAGGUAGCAUUCAUUUCAAAAUAUAACUUCAUUUGCUGUGAUAUGUAAUAGAUUAGAUAUGCCUUGAAAACAUUUAUGAUUGAUACCAAAUGCCCUUGAAGCAUACAUAACUUCUUGUUGUUCAAUUUAUAGCGUUGUG